AUGACGUCCGACGGGGAAUCCCGUCAAAACUCAGCAGCCCCCGAAGCUGACCAGGCCGACUACGACGAAUCGCAUCCAGACCUCAAUACCCAGCACCCCUAUGACCCAGCCCACGUCCAAGACGAUGACAGCGAAGAUGGAGCGGACUACGAUCCUGAAUCGGUUGGCAUUGAGCCAGUUGCCGCGCCGACUGAAGUAGAGCCCCCCUCGGCUCCUCAAGUGACUUCGAGACCUAAAAUGUCCGGUGGAUUCAUUGUCGAGGCAUCCGAUGACGAGGACGAAUCAAUGCCUGCACGACCUAUGCCGCCUGGCAACCACGGGUUUGGCAAGGAUGACGCAUCUGCUCGUGAUCGGGAAGGCUUUGCGCAUCUACCGCCUGGCAUGGCUCGCCUCGAUCCGGUAACCCUCUUUGAGGCUCGAAUUAAAGAAGACCCACGAGGCGACAUGGAAGCCUGGCUGAGCCUCAUUGCUGAGCAUCGAGCUCACAACAGACUCGAAGAAUUGCGCAAAGUCUAUCAUCGAUUUUUGGAAGUGUUUCCUACGUCGAGCGACAUUUGGGUUCAGUGGAUUGAGCUGGAGCUCGGACUGGACAACUUCGUCGACGCUGAGCAACUUUUUGGUCGCUGUUUAAUAACGGUACCUAAUGUCAGCCUUUGGACUGUUUACCUCAAUUACAUCAGACGCCGCAACGAUUUGAAUAACGAUCCCUCCGGUCAAGCGAGACAAACGGUCACUCAAUCAUACGAGUUUGUGAUCGACAACAUCGGUAUUGACAGAGAUUCCGGUGAUAUAUGGUUAGACUACGUCCAGUUUAUCAGGAACGGGCCUGGCCUCAUCGGGGGCACCGGUUGGCAGGACCAGCAGAAAAUGGACCAACUGCGCAAGGUCUAUCAUCGCGCCAUUGCCGUGCCCAUGUCCACGGUAAACACAUUAUGGAAAGAAUACGACCAGUUUGAGAUGGGGCUGAACAAGGUCACUGGCCGAAAGUUCAUUCAAGAACGUUCGCCCGGCUACAUGUCUGCCAAGAGCGGUAACAUUGCUCUCGACAAUAUCACAAAGUCACUGCGCAGAGUCAGCCUGCCCCGCCUGCCACCAGCUCCUGGAUUUAAUGGAGACACCGAGUACAGAGAGCAAGUCGACCUUUGGACGAAGUGGAUUGCUUGGGAGAAGGACGACCCCCUGGUUUUGAAGGAGGAGGAUCCCAAGGCAUACACACAGAGAGUUAUGUAUUGCUACAAGCAAGCUCUAAUGGCCCUGCGUUUUUGGCCAGAAAUGUGGGUAGAUGCUGCGGAAUGGUGCUUUCAGAAUGAUAUCCGAGAAAAGGAAACCGAGCUCGGCACCCAGUUUCUUGUCCAAGGCAUUGCCGCGAACCCUCAGAGUGUCUUGCUAGCUCUCAAAUAUGCCGAUCGGAUUGAAGCUACGUAUCCUAGGAAAGAGGGUGACAAAUCCGAAUAUGCUCAGGCGACUCGCAAACCCUAUGAUGCUAUCCUCGAUACCCUCUACACCAUGGGCGAUAAGGUCAAGGAACGUGAGAAGCUUGAAGUAUCGACCCUCAGGCAGGCAGCCGCACAGCUCCCAGAGAUGCAGCAGUCCAUCGAACGAGAAGAUAUUGACAACGAUAAGGCAGGAUUGUCUGCGGGGGAGGAGCGCAUCAAGGCCAUUCAGCGGGCGUACGCGGCUGAGGGCCAGCUCCUGUCCCGCACGAUAUCCUACGUCUGGAUUGCCCUUGCACGUGCGAUGAGAAGAAUUCAAGGUAAAGGCAACCAAAAUGAAGGUGGCCUCCGCAAAGUAUUCACGGAUGCGCGACACAAGGGCCGCCUCACUAGUGACGUGUAUGUUGCUGUUGCUCUUCUUGAAUCAGUUGUAUACAAAGACCCUGUUGGGGCCAAGAUUUUCGAACGAGGUGCCCGUCUAUUCCCCAACGACGAAGACUUUAUGAUUGAGUACCUCAAAUUCCUACAUUCCAAGGACGAUACCACAAACGCCCGCGUUGUAUUUGAAACUUGCGUUAACCGCCUAAUUUCAAGCCCUGAAACUCUGGCAAAGGCCCGCCCUCUAUACGUCUACUUCCACAAGUACGAAUCUCAGUACGGCGAGCUUUCCCAGGUUUCCAAGUUGGAGGAACGCAUAGCGGAACUCUUCCCCGAAGAUCCAAAGUUGGAGUAUUUUAAUCAGAGAUUCUCCUCAGAGAGAUUCGACCCUGUCCAUACACCGAUUAUUGUGUCCAAAGCUGUACAAAUGCGCCCCAAGAUCCCCCCACCCGCUAUUGAAGAGCCUGCGUCGGACCGGGAAACCCCUGGCCCUGUUCGACAGGAGCAGAGUCCACGGCCCCAAUAUGCUCGUGCGACUGCUUCCCCCAAGCGACCCUUCGGUCUCGAGGAGGAUGAGCUGAACCCACCCAAGCGAGUUGCUCGUGGUGUUUCACCGCUCAAGGGCGCUGCAGGUCGCCGCCUUGAUCAACAGCGACGUAACCAAACGUCGGCGCUACAACGCGACAUUACCUUCCUCCUGGGAAUUCUGCCUCCCGCCCACACUUACGAUUCACAGCGACUGACUGCGACAAACCUGGUUUCUCUGCUCCGAGAUACUCCACUGCCGGACUACGCGUCUUGGAAAGCAGCAACCGGGGGUCAGUACAGGCAGCAGACUCAGAUGCAUUCGAGACAGCCGUCCGGCGACUUUGCGCGUCCGAUGAGCCCUUAUGGCCAAGCUGCAGGUGUUUCUGGGUACCGCAACUCUCCGCUCGCGGGCGGCUACCAGGCGCCUGCCUCAAACUGGGGAGGAGCGCAGAGUAGUUAUCCACCCGGCCAAUACGGUGGCCAGCGGUACCAGUGA